AUGCGCAUGAGUCCUCUUGUCUCUGUUGGCCGCCGCAAUCCCCUACGGAGUGUUCCUAGGUGGACUUUUAGGCUGGCUGUGGUUGUCUUCAUAUUAUCGAGCCUUGAAUUUGCCGCAGCAGCCUCUUUUCCUGCCCCGUUGAGCGUUACUCCAAGUUCAAACUGGAUUGGCUAUGAUGGCUCCUGGAGCUCGUUAUCUAUCCGGGUUGGAACACCUUCACAAUGGUUACAGGUGAUACCGAACACAGGCUCGUCGGAGACCUGGGUAAUCGGGCGUGGUGGAUGUGAUGCCACGAUGAGAUGCCGAAAAGAACGCGGUGGCCUGUUUCUUGCAAAUGCUUCCACAACCUGGUCGCAUGUCGGCCUGUAUGAGCUGGGGAGCAACCUCCAGCUUGGCGACGCCGGCUACGGGGACUACGGCUACGAUGUCGUCGGCCUAAACAACGACGUUUCCGUCUCGGAGCAAGUUAUCAGCAUGGUAACCACAGUCAAGUGGUGGAUCGGCUCUCUCGGCCUCGGCGUUACAGACACAAAUUUCACUGAUGAAAAUAAGCUAUCUCUGCUGAGCAGCCUGGUACAGAACACGAGCAUGGUGCCUAGUCAUAGCUACGGUUAUACUGCUGGCGCUUUUUAUCAAAUGAAAGGUGUACCAACUUCUCUCACUUUGGGAGGAUUUGACAGAAGCCGAUUCGUUCCUAAUGAAGUCUCCUUCUUCCUGUCUCCAGACAAUCUACCCGCCGUUACUAUAAAAUCUGUCAAAGUUCAAACAGACCCGAUGUCAAUUUCAAACUCCUUGGGCGACGACUUGGCUAUUGACCUAUCCGCUGUCGGAACUUUUGUAUUAGACUCGUCGACUCCUUUUCUGUGGUUUCCAGAGCAGAUUUGUAAUUCACUCGCCGGAAAGCUCGGUUUGGUUUAUAAUGAUACCCUGGAUCUCUACACAUACGGGCCUAAUACCUCUACUUACAAUGCCAUCGCCAGCUCAAAUGUGUCCUUCACCUUUACUGUAUCUGACCUCCCAGGUUCAUCCAAAUCUGUGAACAUAACGCUACCAUUCGCUGCUUUUGAUCACAAGCUUACGUACCCUUACCCGGGGCUUGACCAGAAUCAAAGCAGCGACGGCCUCCGCUACUUUCCACUCCGACGAACAACUGACCCAAAGAAACUUACUAUCGGGAGAGUAUUCCUCCAAGAGGCAUAUCUAACAGUCGACUAUGAGCGUCGCAAUUUUUCUAUUUCCCAGGCCACUUUCAACCCUGAUUCCGGAAUCAGCAUGGACCUUGUUGCCAUCACUCCACCUAUAGACAGUACGUUUCCCGGCGUAAAUGGUACUACACACGGACAGAAAAUCCCCAAGGCUGCUAUAGUCGGCGUUACUAUCGGCGUUAGUGUGGCAAUAAUCAUCAUCUCAUUGAUUAUCCUCUUCUUCUAUAGAAGGCGAAGAUCCCGGGAAUUCUCCAUCAGUGAAAAAGAAGAGUGUCCUCCCAGGUUCAAGUUUCCCUGGAAGUUCUGGCGUAGAUCCCCCUCUUCCUCCAUGCCAGCAGAGUUAGUUGCCGAUAAGCAUCAUCCUGUUGAAGCAGACAACACUGCCAUUCGCUACGAACUGCCUGCAGCAACCCCUGUUGAGCUACCGGCGACCGAGGUCUCAGGUUACCGAUAUGGACACAUGCAGAAAGCUCGGGAUGUUGAUAUUGAAGCAAAUGAUCCACUCCCGCCGCCUCCUCCGCUUCCUCACCUGCAGUAUCAGCAUUUAGCGUCCAACCCGUCAGAGCAGGACCUGGUUAGUCCUAUAGGACCAGGUUCGACCCUUGGCACAUCAGAACUAAAUAAUAGUCUCGGCAUCCCCUCCCCCAUUGCCACAUCUACAAAUUCCACAUCGCUAUCACACCAAAGGCCCGGUUCAUCCCCUUCAUUGCUCACCUCGAGCCGGACUUUUUUAUCGCCUACAACCACUGACACUGCCAAUGAUGUACCUCUUGACUCUCAGCCUCAGAGUGAACUGAAACCGGGUGUCACGAGGAAGUUCAGUUGGGAACAAUAA